AUGAAUAUGUCAACUGAACAACCACCACUAUCUUACCCACCUGUUGAGUCUUCUAAUUCGUCAUAUCAAAACGGGGUUCCACAGUACGGAACCACACCUUUGUUACAACAACCUCAUCCCACUUCUUCAGAUUACUCUCAAGAGGUUCAACAACAACUUCAAAAUAUAGAACCAGAAAAGAAGACUAAGCUAUCAAUAAAACUCCUGUUCUUUCUCGGGUUUAUCAUCCCGUUGAUUUGGCCCGUCAUCGUCGUCAUGUGCAUUACAAAGAAAAGUCUCGAGGAAAAACUCUGGGGAUAUAGGGCGCUCGCGGCUUUUGCGAUUUACUUUGGACUGGGGUGGUUUAUUGGGUUCUGUUGUGUCGUUUAA